AUGUUGGAGAGACACAACCCCGACGUUGAGGAGUGGCAACGAGCUCUGCAAGGGUCGAAUUCUCCUUCCACGCCGAGUAGGUCAUUUAGUUACACCCAUGCUGCGGACGUCUUCCAAGAACAGCCCGGGUGGCUCCGCGCUUGCUUCAAGGACAUUCAACAUGUCUUCAAGAACCAGGGUGUGACCUCCCUCAAGAAGCUCCGGUAUUCGCCGCCCCUGAUCUUCCUGCGGGUGUGGCAUACCUACGGCAUAUGGGUUGGCGCCUGCGUGUAUUUUACCAUUUCUGCCAAUUUGAUGCUGGCGUGGUACAUUGACUGGUACAGGACGAGCAUCACUUGCGAGGGCGAUGUGCAGUGCAGCAGUUCUCAGCUGCUGAGCUUCCCCUUGGGCCCCUUUUUCGCCAUCUUCCUCCGCACCUGGCUGCUGGUGUGCAUCGUGGGGGACCUCCUCCGCUUCUGCUACCUCUUGGCCAAAGACGCCUGGGAGGAGGACACGUUCCGCACCUACCGCCGGGUCGUGUGCUGCGACUUUUGGAGGGACAUCGAGGCGGAGGUUUCCGCCAAGGUCGCGGACGGGGAGUGGUCCGAAGAGCUUCUGGAUUCUACAGGCCGACGUUGCUUGGACGCCGCCCUGCAAAUUUCCAUCUACCUGGCCUUGGACGUCUUCCCCCUUGUGAGCUUUUUAGUGUCUUACCUCGACACGGAGAAUGUUGGGCAGGCCUUUGUCUACUUGUCCGCCAGCCUCAGCGGUGGAAGUUGCAUCCACGUGCUGCUGUUUUAUUUUGCCAUGUGGGUCACUGACAUCGUCACCAAGUGGCAGGCCUUCCGGCAAGCGUGCCGCGGCGUGGCGAGGGUCCCUCCCUGCGAGUACCCAGGAGAAUCCCUCCAGAACUUCCAGUGGGCUGGUGAGUUUGGCGAUAGGCACCUGGCAAAUCUGGAGUCGGCGCGCUGCAUCUCCUUUGUAGAGGACAUCCCAGAAGGUCCCAACGUGUCGCCGGACAGCAGCGGCGCCUUCCCAGCGGUGGCUCGCCUUAAGCCGGCCUAG